AAAAAAAUGUGAUGCGUUGACAUCACAGUUUUGCCAUUUUUUAACGAAACAUAAAUUUCUUAAAAAAAAAAUUAAAAUCGACACGAACUAUAAAAAUAGGAAAAUAAUAUUGUGAAAACUAAAACAACAUCGAGAAAAUUGCCCAAUAGGAUACGAUUCACAAACAUGUCGGUGCUUCCCCGCGGGUACGAGUCGUUCAGGCCGAGUCCCAGAUAUGGUUUUAUAAAGGGCGAGUACAGCAUAUAUUACAAGAGGCCGCGGUGUGGCCAGCCACGGCCCCAGCCCUUCCUGAAAGAAGCCGAUUGCUACUGCGGUGAACCCACUAACGCUCCGGCGGAACGACCAUGCUGUUAUGACUAUCCCUGCAAAGCGCACUGCUUCAACCACGGGGCUUGCACGCGGCCGUCUGGUAAAUACGCCCGCACCGUGUGGUACCCGGGCGAGUGCUGCCCCAUGGUGCCCCCGUGUCAAGCGUUCACCUGCCCCAACCCACCUUUCCACCCGUGCUGCUAUCACACUUGCAACAAACUCGUGUAAAACGCAAUCUAAAGUUCAUAUAAAUCCACACUUUCAUCACUUUUUAAAAAUCGAACUAUGUGGCCUAUAAUGGGGGAUUAUUGAGACUAUGAUGGCGUCGAAGUGUGUUGUUCGAUCUCGUGUGGUGUUUGUGACUCGUAAUCUAUGUUGUUCACAAUAAAUGGAGUUUAAUUUCCCUAA